GCAUUAUACAUUUGAACAAUCGUAGCAACCAGAGCACAAUCUCUAUAGAGAAGGUAAGAUGGCCGAUGCAAGAUUCGAAGAAAGUAUCCUCAUCAUAAGAGCAAUUGUAGCGGAAUGUUUACGAAAGCUUGAAAUUCUCAGCUGGUGUGAGAAGAAUGCACACUUGUAUGACUCUACUCGCACGUAUUCCAUUGCUAAAUUGUUACAGCACAGAAACAAAGGAUUGCAUUCGAUAGUAAUUGAGCUGUCCGAAAAUCCGAAACACCUAGCAUCCGAAUCUUGUAGCUCAUACGCUACUACCUCCCUUGGCAGUGUGAUACCCCGCGACGAUAGCGCUUCGGGAGAAGAUCGAAUCUACUACGAUCGUUUUGAAUAUAUGGACCGAUGUAAAAAAGUUCACAGUUUAGCGAAAAAACACGACGUUCUGAAAUUUCAGUGUCACGAACUAAACCAUCAGCUUCACGUAGCAUCGCAAAUCGAAAUAGCGAAACAGCGGUUCGUGGCGUUUUGGGAAUCAGCACGUAAAGAGCAACUGAAGCAGUCCAUUUUGCUAGACGUACAAAAUCUACGCAAGAAACAAACGUUCAUCGAGGGAGAACGGACCAAUGCACUACAAGCUGCCGGUAUCAUCGACCAGUACUACGAUUGGAAGCUGGCCAGCAUUGAAAGUGAGAUUGAAAAUUGGAUGAACCGGUUCGAUCGCGAAAAGGAGGAACAAGAUGCCCGAUUUCAGAAAGCACGCGCUACGGAAAAGUACUGGAACGAGUUGUCGCAAAUUCAUGAACAACAAGUGCGGGAUAUAGGCCUUUUAGAAGUCGACUUGGAGCGUUGGGAGGAGGAUGCAAAGUUCAAAGUGUUUUGUCACAGAAUGGCCACUAAAUUGCAAGCCUGGUGGCGAGGCGUGAUGGUCAGAAAAGGCUUUGGCAAGUUUGGCACAGCUGGAAGAAACAGGGGAAUAAAAGGCAAGGGCAAAGACAAAAAAGCUAAAAAGACAAGGAAAUAGAAUUGUACGGCUGGGUCCAGAGCCACUAUAUGAUGCACACAAACCAAAUUAAACGCUUUGGAAAUUAAAUGUCAUAAGUUAA